AUUGUAGUUGUGAAGGUGAUAAUUGUUCCCCUGUAUGAGCAGCCUGUUUGCUGUUCUUUUUGAUACAUUGAUAGUUGCAAUCUAGUUUAGAGGCAGUGUAACAGCAUGCUUGGAUCAGGGUGAGUUGAAAGGGAUGAUUCAUCAGUUCCAACAGAGCACCAAUUUUUAGUGAUGAGGAAUCUGUAGUUCAGGUUUGCAUCAUGAUCUGUAUGCACACAUAAUUGAAAAGGUUUUGUGCAGUUAUGGCCAGCAAAUUAUAACAAAUGCAGCACACCCUUUUGAGUUAAAGAUAAGUAAGGCUUUUAUCUGGCAAGUGCUCAUUGGGUAAUAGGCUUAGGGGAGGUACUUGCCCAGCAAGGGGACUUCUCUCUCUGGGUUACUGGCCAGUGUUUUUUUCAAAUUGUACGGAGUUAUAGAAAGUCAGAAAUUGCAGAGUGAGAUGUACUUGUACUAUUUAGUUGGUUGACUGAAUUUUAAAUCUUGAAAUAGAAACAUUAUUAAACCGGUGUUAUUAUUAUUACCAUGUCAUGACACAACAAUGUGAAACUGAAGUCAUUGAAAAAGGUUAAUGUGGAUCAUAAAGUUGCAUGGGCAAAGUAUCAUAAAGGCAACUGAGCUUUUACAUGGCUAAACAUAAUUUGGAAUGGUCCCCUCCAGUUUGUUUCCUCUUUUUUGUCUGAAAUAUUGUUCAACUUGACAGAAGCAAAAUAAAUUAAAAUAAAUUUGCAGCUUCUUAAUUUUCAGAUCUUUCUUAAGAUUAAACACUGACCAAAAGAUAAAUACAAUUACAAGAAGUUAAAGAUCACCUGUAAUGUUUAGUUGAUAUGUGUAUUCUAUUGUAGCAACUUCUAGUGAGGGAUUAGAUCUCAGUUCAUCAAAUGAUACUGUGCCGCCCUUACGUCACAUGUCAGCCUCAGCAUCCAGUAGCCCACGGCACACGUCAUCUGCCCCAGAAGACCCUACAGAUUUGAAAAUAACUUGUUCACCAUUUAGUUGUACUUCUUCUAAAAGCAAACGUUCGUCUAAAAGCAGCUUGAAAUUAAUAAUUAGAAGGAAUUCAAAGAAACGCAGGAAAUCGUUACCAUCUCCUGGUUCAACAAGUGAUGAGACAAGAAGAAGAGCCAAUAAAGAGGAGCGAAAGUUGUCGUCUCCUUCUCCAACACGAGCUCUUCUUACCUCUCAAUCAGAUACUUCAAGUUCGCUUACAGGCUCAUCACCAGGCUCCUUAGCCGAUGAACUUGAGAAAUUGACCAUGAACUCACACUUAUCUUCCACUAAUAAAUAUUCACAACGCAUCUCCUCUGAUUCUCAAGGUCAAACAGCGACACGCCCUGAGAUUGGUGACCACACUUAUGCUCCACCCCUCCCUCCACAUGCCACUCCAACACAUACAUUGGCAGCAGAGAAUCAUAGUGAGCGACCAAAUAAUUCUGAACCAGAAGUGCCACCAGCAAUUCCAUCAAGGCCAGAACACACUAAGUCUAAGUACAUUCCUAAUGAAGUUUCUACAAAGCCAGCAGCUAAAGAAGAGGAAACUCCAAAAGGGCCCACAAAUGAUCAACCAAGAGCUCAAACGAGAGACAGGAAGAAGAAAAAGAUGUCUGAUGAGGAGAUCCAUGCUAGACUACGUACCAUAGUUAGUGUUGGUGAUCCAAAAAGGAAAUAUACAAAGUUUGAAAAGAUUGGGCAGGGGGCAUCAGGUACAGUGUACACAGCAAUUGAAGUGGCUACAGGACAUGAGGUGGCUAUUAAACAAAUGAACUUGUCCCAGCAACCAAAGAAGGAGUUAAUUAUCAAUGAAAUUCUUGUGAUGAGGGAGAACAAGCAUCCAAACAUUGUGAACUAUGUGGAUAGUUAUCUUGUAGGAGAAGAAUUAUGGGUUGUAAUGGAGUAUUUAGCAGGAGGCUCUUUAACUGAUGUUGUCACAGAAACAUGUAUGGAUGAAGGACAAAUUGCUUCUGUUUCAAGAGAGUGCCUCCAGGCCCUUGAGUUCCUGCACAGCAAUGGAGUCAUUCAUAGGGACAUUAAGAGUGAUAACAUUCUCCUUGGAAUGGAUGGGCAAGUCAAGCUGACUGAUUUUGGUUUCUGUGCUCAAAUAACUCCAGAGCAGUCCAAACGUUCCACAAUGGUAGGAACACCUUACUGGAUGGCACCUGAAGUAGUCACAAGGAAACAGUAUGGUCCAAAGGUGGAUAUAUGGAGUUUAGGAAUUAUGGCAAUUGAAAUGGUUGAAGGUGAACCGCCAUAUUUGAAUGAAAAUCCUCUCAGGGCUUUGUAUUUGAUAGCUACAAAUGGCACUCCAGAGCUUGCGCAUCCUGAUAAAUUAUCUCCAGUUUUUAAGGAUUUCCUUGCACAGUCACUGGAAAUGGAUGUAGAUAAAAGAACUGGUGCUAGGGAGCUUCUCCAGCACCCAUUUUUAAAGCAAGCCAAGCCGUUGGCAAGCUUGGUUCCUCUAAUUCUGGCAUCGAAAGAAGCCAGCUCAAGAAACUCAUAAAUGAAACUGUCAAUCAACAAUUAUCCAGCUUAGGUAAUAAAGCGGACAGAAAUUCUUUAGAGUUUAUUUUUUACACAAAAUUUUAUUUUUUAUUGGUUAAUUUCAGUGGCGAGACUUGUAGGUUUUUCAUUUGUUGUGUCUUUAACGUGUACAGUAAAAAAAAUUGCGUUUUAGUUUUUUUUUCUAAUAGUCUAUUCUGUAAAUUUUAUUCAAUAUUUUAGCGCCUUUGAGGAUCGUCGAAAAAUGGUUGAGUUUUCAUAGAAUCCUCGUUGUCUAUAUGAAAAUCUUCGAGAUAUUCAUUAAUAUUACCAAAUAAUUUAAAUUUUGAAAGAGUAGGAGAAUAAUUACAGAGUUCCUACUACUGGUAGAGAAUUGCAGUACAGGUAUUUUAGCCACGAUUCACCAGCUUAUACCUGUUCUAUACCAAUUAAAACCGGUCUAAAAACGAA